CGCAAAAUGAAGUACUUUGGACUUGCAUAAUCAUUCCCUGUCUACCUACUCAAGGCACUCUGAUACUCCACAAACCUUGAAGCUUUCUGCUAUCUGCGGCCCUUCAAGAUGAGCCUCUGUCCCAGCAAAUGCUGCUGAGCACACUCCCACUGCGACGAUACGCACCUCGACUCGGAUUCUUAGUCGAUAGCUCGGAGUAUCUGCGAGCAAAUGCUUGGAGACCAAUUCCUUGUUUCCAUGCCGCUCGCCGGCUUGCCACGGCUGCCGCCAACGCUGUAGAUGGCACACGAACAUUUCAGUCCAACCCUCCUGUUCCUCGCAACUGCCAAAACGACGAUGCCUCCCCAAAAUCACCAUCAAAAAACUCUCCCUUGUGCUCAUGGGACUCCAAGUACUUUGAGCAAUGGGCUCCGAGUUACGUCUUGCGACAAUGGCUCACCAAAGGAUAUGGAGCUUCAGAACGCCAAGAUCACCUCCAGCGAAGCGCCGCUGCGUCCCGGAGUACGCGACUCCCUAUCGUUGCCUUGCAGGUCGACAUGAUGCGGGCUGAGACUGCGCGGCCGACAGGCUUAUCUGAGCACCUGAUCGCGGAGCAAGUUCUAGCCCAAAAGCUCGAAUUCCUGGCCAGCAAAGGGAUCAUGAUGGAGGACAUUGAAUUAUGGCUCUGGAUCCUGAGACCUGAAGAUCCUGUUGAGAUGGCUAGCCGUCUUUCUUCAACAGACCGUCCCGUGCCCCCUUUCGUCAUUCUCCAGGUAUUGAGUCUCCGGCGAGAAUACAACGAUCCCGUGACACUGAGUCGAUUGUAUGUCUCCAUAUCUCGAGCAGUCUGCGGCGAGGUCUUUCCUCAGUUCUCAACGCCUGAAUCUCUGGACUGCGAAAGGAACCCCCCGGAGGCUACCUCUGUUUCACAGCUCGACAAAGCAUCCCCACAGUACCGAUAUCGGUGGCCACCCAACCUGUUCAUCCGCUUGCUCUACAUGAUGACACGCCAUAGCCUCCACACUUGGCCUGCAUCUUUACCGUCAAUAGCCCGGCUCGCGGAGCGUUAUAUUGAGACAAUAACGCCGCCAGAAAGAAAGGGAAUAUCCCAGGAGCUGGUGGUUCGCCAAAGACAAAACUACAUCCACAAUGCGGCCCUAGUCAUCUUCAGCCAUAAUGCUCGAUCUAUGCCUCUGGCCAACCUUAGAUACAAUUGGGAAGCUCAAAAGGUGAUGCUUGCACUCUCGAUGAAGCUGCCACGUCCACCUGUGAUUGAUCAAGCCGGCUUCAGAGCAAUUAGGUCAGUCCUUGGUGGAUUGAGAAGGUCCAAACCCGAGCGGUUCGCCGCUUCUCGGCUGUCCAAAGCCUGGCCCCCUUACAGGCAGGCUUGGGAUGGAUUGGACGAAAAAAGGCCAGUCGAAGACGACUAUAGCAGAAGUGUUAAGGCGGGUAUCCUUGCCCGGGAAGCUGGCUAUGCUCCCCAGGACGCCGACCUAACUCUGGAUAUAAUCGGCGGCGCAGCUCUUGGAAAGAUGCCAUUCAUAAACUACCGCACUACUUCGCCCAAAUUAGGCGAUGAAGCCAGUUCGUCGGUCAUUAUGCCUUGGGCUGCCAGCAUCAAGGCAACUCGAAAUGCGCAGGAGGCCUGGCAGGCCUUUUUGCGACCGCCACAAGCAGGUCUCUUGCCGUGCGCUAUCAUAUAUAACGAGAUGUUUCUCAAGUUGUAUGCACGAGAAGUUAUUAGGCCAGAUGCCCUGCCUGGCACUGGUCUUGAGGUUCAUCCAGUCCAUGAAGCCAACCUCACCGAGUUUGAGAAGGCUCGCUUGCAGCCUCCGCACCCAUCACAGCUCUACGAGCAGAUGCGGAACCAAGGCAUUAGGCCUGUUGGUCCCUGCCUUCAGGUCCUGUUGAAGAAUGCAACAUCUUUGAAGGAGAUUGCACGCUACCUAAUGGAUAGUCGACAGGACGUGCAAGCGUCACGUAUGUUUAUCGAGCUUAUCGAUCGACGCAAACCGGCUGAACACUAUGAACCGGAUGAAGUAAAGCAUAUCCUCAACAUGCCUUUGCAUGUCUUUCGAGCUAGUGCAGUAGGUGUCACUAGGACUUUGCCAUAUUCUUGGAGACAUGAAGGCCUCACGCGAAAGAACCCAGACCUUCACCGCAUGGAAAACCUUAUCAACAUUACAAGAAUUAGGAUGGGACACGAAAAAAACUCAAAUAUGUCGGUCUGGCACGUCAUCUUCGACGCUCUGGCUCGCCCUGCAAUUGCGGUCUUGCCUCAACCUGGAGGUCUGCCACCAGGGGCGUACGAGAUAGAAAACCGCAUACACGCAUUGCGAAUUUUCAUGCGUGUUUUUCAUCAUGUGCACAAAACUACAGGAAUUGUGGACAUUGUAAUGUUUGACAAACUCUGUCUCAUUCUGCGUCGUGCCAUCACCGCCAUCAACUUCCAGAGAGGACAGUCCAAAUGGUUUGACGACGUGAUCGACGAUGCCCACGCAACACUCAAAGCUGCGGCCGCGAAACUUUCGCAGCGCAUCAAUACUGACAAAGACCAGCGAAGCCACUUUCUCAAACUGCCAUCGUUCGGCUACCGAUUAGGCCCUGUGCAGGUUCGUUCCUACUUCCGGACCCUUGCGUACCUCGGCGACCACGACGAGCUGCUCACCCGGAUCGAAUGGAUCAUCAGCGAAGGUCUCGGGGAGGACGGACGGGAGGAGCUGCUCGAUACUGCAAGAGAUCCGGAACACCCGGACCAUGAGCGUCUGUACAUUUCUCUGCUCAUGUUCAAGUCCUACAUGUCACACCAGGUGCCGCCAGAGACAAUGGAUGCGCUCAAGGCUCGGGUGAUUAAGAUUAGCGAGGAAAAGGGCCUGGCCUGGUCGUGGCCGGACGAUGAAGACGUGGCGAGCUUCAUGGAUGCAGAGCGUUAUCGUGGCGACGAGGCCGCCUUUUGGGAAGUGGCUCAACGACGGGGGCGGAAAUAACGGGCCAUGUACAAUUAGCGAGCAGGGCCUCUGCAUCUUGUAUUUUGUUGUAUAAAAGUAAUAUGUGUUAUAUAAAGUAAGAUAGAUAGGCAAUGCCAGGAGAAGAAGUAACAUAUCAAAAACUGGGAUCAGACGGGA